UGACUUAGACGGCCCCAGUGGCCAUCAUUUUAUUCACUUCUCUAGAACGGCUUUUUACUUGUACUUGAUAUUUACCUUUGCAGCGACUGGCCUCGCGGAUAGGGUUACUGAGGAUAGAGUGGGAGUGAGAGAUGGCCUCAAGUGGGCUCCCACCGGGAGCGUUCCUGACCACCAUCGAAGGGCGGCGCUGUACGGCAGUUCCCAGAGUGGCAGCGGCCUUGUCGAGCUCGAGCAGUGCCACCAGUAGUGUCAGCAGGGUGACUACAACAGCCAGCCUGGCCAGAACAACGCCUGCAAUCCAGACCACGGCGCUGGCAGCGGCUCCGGCCGCAGAGAUUGACACAUUCAUCGAGCAAAGCCCAACAAGUACGACCAGCUCCUCCUUCAUCACCACUACAAGCACCUCCCCUAGUCCGGUACGGAUCAUUCAGGCACAGGAUAGUGAGCCGGAUCCUCCGGCAAGCCCACCGCCGCCUCUUCCUGCCGGACUUCCCCUCACGUCCGGCGUUACUCCCCAGUCUUUCACUGCCGUUGCAGACGCAGCCUCUCCGCGAGUGUCUGUACCACAAAGCAGUCAAGCUGAUGGCAGCGUAACAGCUCCCAUUACAGGCACCUUAGCCGGCGAAUCAGAGGGCCCCCCUGCCGAGACCUCGGCUCCUGACCUACCCCAGGAGCCAGCAGCCACGCCUCUUCUCACUACCGUUGGGGCGCCACAGACACCAGCCGACAGCCCCGUUCCCAAAGCCACGGGGACGACGUCAGCAGACCCAAGUGUGGCUGCAAUUCCCACCUUGAACAACAAUGCGGUCCAGUCGACAGUAGCUGUGGCCGGCGGUGUUAUCGGCGGUGUCAUCGCCAUCAGCCUUCUAGCCUUCUUUAUCUGGUGGUGGCGGCGUCGGCUGCAGAGGAAGAGAAGAAGCACCCUUCUGACGCCGCUCGAUACGGUGCCGUCAUUUGACCGCGGCGAGAAAGGGGGCUAUGUGAUCGCGCGUCGGAGUAUUGGGCCGACCCCGGUGACGGAGAAGUUCAAAGCAGCACUGGGGCAGAACUUUAAAAGGCUUCGAGGCCACAUCAGAAACCGGACCGCCCCUUCUGUGAACCUAGACCGGGGCACCUCGCAGUUUGUGGAUGCGGCCAGGGCGCAGAGACGUGAGAUCUCGAGCGACAUCGGGGCCGAGCUGACAGUGAAGGAUCGUUUGAGGAACUGGUUGGUAGGGUUGGGCAUGAAGUUCAGCCAGGGGAACAACAACGCCCAGGAGAGAAACCCGAGCGUUACUAAUGAGAAGAAGGCCGCCUCCAGCUCCCAGCCCGACUUCCUGACGCUCGUCAACAUGAGCGACCAGGAGCUCGACCGCGAAGCCCAGCGACAGCGAGCCAGCAUCGCGCGCGCGAAUGGAAGCGCCAGUGACAGCUUCCUGGGCAAGUUGAACCUCAAUUUCGGCAAUGACAACCCCUUUAGCGACGCCAACGCCAUCGCCCACAUCUCAGCCAAGCCCGCGCCCCUCGCAAUCGGCAACAGGUUCAGCGACAGCAACACCAUUCUCGAAUCACCUCGCGCGGCAAUGCCCAAGCCCGCCACCUACGUGGCCGACAUCCGCCGCUCGCGCAGCAACAGCAUCGCCACCUCAACGGUAGGGGCGCGCCGCCAGCCAAGCGCAGUCUACAACUACUCCGCCGGCGCCAUCCGCGACAGCACCACCUCGCUCGGCUCGAUGGCCACGGCAACAACCGCCGGCAACCAGCGCACCAAAUUCCGCUCCGACCCAUUCGAUCUCGAACGGCCCGAGUUGUUGGGCGGUCCCAUUCCCACCACAGCCACUACUACCAUCCCUGUAGCAGCCAUAGCCACGAUCACAGCCCCCAACCGGAACCAGACAGCCACGAUAGACGCCUACACCCACACUCUUAACCGCCCCCCCACGAGAGCACGCACAAGAGAGCAAAGAGAAAGAGCAGAGUCCUUCACGUCGCACUACUCAAAGUACUCCAAAUACUCCUCGGGCAUCAGCAUGCUGAGCGCCGUGGAAAACAUGGGCGAGUGGAGCGAUCCCGGCCCCGACGUCGGGCCCGCCGCCGCCGCCGCUGCUGCUGCUGCUGUGAGGGGUGAUCAAAUCCAACUCCAACCCCGAAACCUAACCCCCCAAAGCCCAGGUCAGGGGCUCGGUCGUCAGGGUCAGGGUCAGGGGUGGGCAGCAACACAGGUGCCGGAUGGGAAUGGGGUUGGUGCUGUGCAGGGGGGGAGGGAGAGGCUUGCGCUUGCUCGCGAGCGUGAGGGUUCAUCUCCUUGGAAUGGUGAUGUUUUGGAGAGGCGGAGGAUGAGUGGUAGCAGUUUGGGGAGCGUUGGGAAGGCGAUGUGAAAAAAGGGGGUUGCUUUCAUUUGUUUUACGGGGUAAAACCAA